GAAUCAUUCUAUAUAGCUAACUUCAAUCACUUUAGAGUGUGUUACAUUGAACAGAAUUGUUCUGUGAGGUGUAACGCGGGGCAUCAAGAUGUUGUCGAGACUAAGUUUUCGCAAUGCUGCUUUGCAAAUAAAGCCAUUAUCUAUGGCGAUUCGUGGAAGUCAGACCAUGACUAGUGAACUAGUAUGCCCUGCAGAUGAUCCACGUCGAUUGGUUCGUCCCAUGUAUCAUCCUCCUGUUAGGCUAGGAUUCAUUCCAGAAAGCUGGUUUACAUUUUUCUAUCCAAAAACUGGGGUAACAGGUCCAUACGUAUUCUUAACAAGUUUCUCAACUUUCUUACUUUCCAAAGAAUAUUGGGUUUUGGAACAUGAAUUCUAUAAUUCACUUUCUUUACUAUCUAUUUUAAUGUUUGUUUACAUAAAAUUUGGUGACAAAAUUGGAAAUGCUCUGGAUAAAAUGGUUGAUGAAUAUGAAGCUAACAUGAAUGAAAUUAAACAGAAAAAUUUAGAUGCUUUCGAGAACGAGAUUAAACAUUUAGAAAAAACCAAAUGGAGGAUUCAAGGUCAGCUGAUGGUUUAUGAUAUUAAAAAGCAAAAUGUAUUAAUGCAGCUAGAAGCUACGUAUAGAGAACGACUUGCACAAGUUUAUAAUGAGGUCAAGAAACGUCUUGAUUACCAUGCCCAGAUAGAUGCCGCAGAGCGCCGAAUUGCUCAGAAACACAUGGUACAAUGGAUUACAAGCAAUGUGUUGAAAGCAAUUACACCAGAACAAGAAAAAGCUAAUUUGCAACAGUGUAUUAGCGAUCUUGAAGCUCUUGCCUCAGCGAAAGCUUAAAUUUUGCAUUGAACUAAGAAUAGAAAGAAUUUAGUGAAUUCGACUAGUUCAUUGUAAUAAAGAAUAAUAAAAUAUGCAGAAUCAUUGGAGAUGUAUCACCGAUUAAUUAUUGUAUACUACUACAUUGUAUAUUACAUUUGAAAAUGAAUAAAUACCAUAAAGGAAUAAUACUAACAAUAAA